AUGGAGCCGGUUGGUAUCGUUCUGCUCGUGCUUUUUCUCUUCAUCAUCAUCAUGGGCCCUCUAGCAUGCUUUAGGAUGAGCGUGCGGAGAGCGUCUGAGAAGGUCUUCAAUCCCCAACCUAAUCAACUGGACAAUGCGCGUCGGAAACUCAGCACCGUUACAACCUCAACGGUCAUUCCGCAAGCGAAUCCCGAUCCCGCCGCCGACAUUGAAGCUCAGACUCCACUCUCCGGGUUCGGUGAAUGGUGA